CUUUGGUGGUGCACACAGCCCGCGCUCUUGUGACUGCCCAUAGAACUCCCGUGUUUACAUCAUGUCAUUGCAUUUAAAUAGCAAGCUAUUGUAUUGAAGCUCCUACUCAGCUGAGGUUGUGUUUUUUUUUUAUGUUUUUUCGUCUGUCAAGUUGGUCCGGGAAAAUUAUUUAUAAAGCUCUAUUUUAGACACCCUGCUCACGUUUAGCAACCAGCACCCUGUGUAAGCUAAUAGCUUGCUCAUGCCAGGUGAUGGUCAGACGUGGGUUGACGUUUCAGUCUAUUUAAACCACGCAACAUUUAGCUCACCUCUGACACAGAAAAAUGCCGCCUAACAAACGGAUCCAUAAGAAAAUACUUAAACUGGAGUGUGAAUGGGGUUCGUGUCAGGAGUCGUUCAGUCGGAUGGAGAUGUUCUGCAAGCAUGCAGAGGGUCACCUUAAUGCUUUGAACAUGGCGGAGGAAGACGAAGAAGAAGCAGAAGAGGAGAGAAACUGUCUUUGGAGAGACUGCGGUUUCUGCUCUGUGGAGGGUCCUGAAGAGUUGCGAAGACAUUUGUUCUUUCACUGUUACCAUACGAAGCUGAAGCAGCUGGGUCAACAGGUGCUUAACGCCCAGCCAGAACUUGGCACCUGCUCCAUCGGCUACCACAACCGCAACAGCAUCCCUGAAAUCCCAGACAAUUUUGUCUGCCUUUGGAGCGAAUGUGAGCAACCACCAUUUGAAAACCCGGAGUGGUUCUACCGCCAUGUUGAGAUGCAUAGCUUGUUAUUGGAGAUACCAGCAGGAGACUGUGAAUUCCCAGUGCGCUGUGGAUGGAAAGAUUGUGAAGCCACUGCUAAGGGACGUCCUAAGUUGCGGGAGCACCUGCGUAGCCACACCCAGGAGAAGGUAGUGGCAUGUCCAGGCUGUGGGGGGAUGUACGCCAACAACACGAAGCUGUUUGACCACAUCAUACGCCAGAACGCCAUGGAAGGUCAGAGGUUCCAGUGCUCUCACUGUUCUAAGCGUUUUGCAACGGAACGGCUACUGAGAGACCACAUGAGAACCCAUGUGAGCCACUACAAGUGCCCGCUGUGUGACAUGACAUGUCCAUCACCAUCUUCACUGCGCAACCACAUUAAGUUCCGCCACAGUAACGAGAAGCCAUACAGCUGCGAAUACUGUGAAUACAGGUGUAAAAAUAUGAUUGACUUGCGCAAACACCUGGAUACCCACAGCAGCGAGCCAGCCUUUCACUGUGACGUUCCUGGCUGCAGCUUCACUGCUCGUACCCUUUGCACUAUGAAGAUUCACCACAAAAGAGAGCAUGAGGGGAAUUUUGCAGCUCGCUACAAGUGCCAUGUUUGUGAUAAGUGCUUCACCAGGGGCAACAGCUUAACUGUUCAUCUGCACAAAAAGCACCAAUUCAAAUGGCCCUCUGGACACCCCAGAUUCAGGUACAAGGAGCAUGAGGACGGCUUCUUACGGCUGCAGCUGAUUCGCUAUGAGAGUGUGGAACUGACAGAGCAGCUCAUGAGGGAAAGACAAAAUAGGCAAGCAGACGAGGAUGACGACCAGACUGAGGGCCAGGAGCUGGAGGAACAAUCUGCGGGAGCAGCACCUUCUGAGCUGCAGGUAGAACUGAGAGGAGUGCUGCUGGAGGAGCAGAGGGCUGAGGAACCAACCAUCAGUACUGAGGAGGGCAGUCAGGAAGAGGGCAUGUUGUACGUUCUCAGUGGAGGUUUGUCGUAAACAGUGAAGGAAUCUGUCAUGCAGCAACUCCAGGAUGCUGCUCAGCGGCAAGGAAUGCAGAUGGAUUGACUUUGCCUUCGCAUCCGACACAUGACCGGACUUUCUGUAACCAGCUGUGCUGUUUCACAGACACAUGACAAACAUAUGAAGAACUUUAGACUUAAUAAGAAAUUAAUGUCUAAUUGAAUGUACGUGUACUCCAUCAUGAUCCAUGUUGAGCCUAUAUUAGGUAAUAAACUAGUUUUAAUUUGUUUUGUUUGCAAUUAUUCACCAGUAUUUUUAGAUUAUUUUCACUUCAUUGUAUCUUUUACUGUGAUGUCUUCAGAGAGUUGGAUGGAUACUGAUGCUGCACUACAUAGUGAGUAGUCAGUCUCUUUUAGAUGGGAAAUCUGUCAACUUCAGAAAUGCCUCAGCACGAGUCCAUCAAAUUGGUGUAUUAAACAUUCCACCAAACGUGGAAUCCAGCAAAGAGGCCUUUACCUUAUUAGCUCAGAGAGUGUGUAUUUUUUUGGCUGUGCAAUAAACAUGACAAAAUGUCACAAUUUUCAAAA